AUGAGCCUCAGUGGCUUAGCUCUGGCACCUCCAGCCAAGAACGUGGUGGUUUAUCGCAACGGUGACCCCUUCUUCCCCGGGAGGAAGUUUGUAGUGAACCAGCGGCGGUUCCUGACCUUUGAGGCGUUUCUGAACGAGGUGACCAAGAGCAUUUGUGCACCCUUGGCUGUGAGGAACCUCUACACGCCCAGGCACGGGCGCCGUGUGGCUGAGCUGGGGGACCUGCAGGAUGGACACCAGUACGUGGCUGCUGGCUUUGAAAAAUUCAGAAGGCUCAACUAUUUAAAUCACGGAAGGAAGGAUCUCCGUGGGACGAGGAACAGCCAGGGUCUGCAGUUCCUCACUGUAGCUCCCUGGAAGUCGCACGUCUCAACGCGAUGGCAGAAGCGCAAUCACCCACCCUGCAGGAUACAUGUUUUCCGGAACGGGGAUCUGCUGAGCCCCCCUUUCCCGCUGCUGCUCUCCCGGAGCACCCCGCUGCAGUGGGACACGCUCCUGGCCACCCUCACAGAGAGAGCCGACCUGCACAGCGGGGCUGUGAGUAAGCUCUGCAGGCUGGACGGAACCCAGGUGUCUGGUGGGGAGGAGCUGGUGAAUGGCGAUUACUACGUGGCAGUGGGAAAUGAGGAGUACAAAAAACUGCCUUACUUUGAGCUGCUGGUGCCCCAGGAUUCUGUGCACGAGACACUGCGGAACUACCCAAACAGCAGGCACAAAACAUACCACAGACGGUUUGGUGAGCUCUGUGCCACCUCCCAGCUGGACAGGUUGCAGGCCACAGGACCUGCAGAGAAAGACAAGCUCCCAGCUGCUUUUCCACAACUGCAAAGGCAAGCCAGGAAAUCUCGCCUCAAAGAGGAAGAGAACGUUUUCCACGUUAAACCUGUCCGUGCGGGACAAAACAGGAGGAGCAGCACCAGGAAUGCACAGCACUGGCCUGAUCAAGAAGAAAUUGUCUACAAACCCAGAAAUCCUAGGACUGAGAUACGAGGUGCCCAGGAAGUAAAGGAGGACGAACACAAAAGGGUGGAUGUACCCAUAGAUCAGAGAGUUGCAGAAGAACUUACACCAAAAGCCAGAACAAUACACAGCAAAAAGGCGUGGACUGCAGACAAAUCACAAAAGACUGUGGCAAGGAAAAGGGAUGCCAGUGCCUCCGAGGAGGAACAGCACUCAACGAUGUUUCCCUGGGCAGCAAAGAGCUCUUCAGAGUUCACAGAGAGAGUGUGACAGGAGAGGGACAGAUAAGCUGCCCGAUUUAGAAAAAGUCAUAGUAAUAAACAGCUCUUAUAUUAACCCUCUUUGUGCAAAGCUUUCUAUAUUCUCAUCAAUUACAAGGGUAACAGAGAUUUUUCCUGUGAUCUGUGUGGUAUUGUGGACUGAUAAUUUCACUGAAAAAAAGACCUCCCUUCCCUACCCUAGGGCAUUGCCCUGUUGGUAUUUUACAGACGUGAGGCACCCCACCAGACUGCAGUGGAGAAAAGCCACGUGGUGACCUUGGUGUGAGUGGCUGUGUGUGUGACCUGGCAGGUUACUCCUGAGCGCUGUGAGGGAGCCACGUUCACCUGCUUGGCCAUGAAAGGGAGAGUUUCUAGAGAGAUUCCUCCUACAGAAAAAACUGUUGGUCCCAGAAGCUCCUGUUGAACAAUUUA